AUGAUGCUGAUAAGGCCGCCGCGGUUUCUCUCCCCCUCGCCCACGCCAGGGCCGCGCGAGCCCCGCCUCCACCGGCCUCUCGAUGCCUCCAGAAUCUUCUCCUCCCCUCGCCCCCCCGGUCGCCGCUCCCGCCCGCGCCCCCGGCUCGCCUCUCCGUCCACCGACCUCCACCGCCUCACUGCCCGCAUCGUCGACCUCACCCGCCGCAGGCAGCUCGCCCAGAUCAUGGAGGAGGUGGAAGCAACGCGGCGUCGUGUGCGCGGGGGCGGGUUGCUGAACACCAUCGUCAUGAACGCGGUUCUAGAGGCCUGCGUGCGCUGCGGCGACGUCGACCGCGCGCUCCGGCUCUUCGAGGAAAUGCGCGGGCCCACGGGGUGUGGUGUCGACGGUGUCUCCUACGGCAUCCUGCUCAAGGGCCUGGGUGUAGCAAGAAGGAUUGAUGAAGCAUUCGAAAUACUGGAAUCAAUUGAGAAAGAUUCUUCCAUUGGGAGCCCCAGGCUCUCUCCUCAUCUCAUUUGUGGUUUUCUAAAUGCCCUUAUUGAAGCAGGAGAUAUGAGGCGUGCCAAUGCUCUUGUCGCCCGUUUCCGCAAGGUCCUUUAUGAGGGUCACUCUGUCUUACUAUACAACUUACUGAUGAAGGGGUACAUUAAAAGCAACUUCCCUCUCGGAGCUUUGACUGUUAAAGACGAGAUAUUGCGUCAAGGGUUGAAGCCUGAUAGAUUGACCUACAAUACCAUCAUUUCUGCCUGUGUAAAAUCAGCAGAGAUUGAUAAAGCUAUCCGAUUUCUUGAAGAUAUGAAGGAAGAAGCUAAUAAGGAAAGUAACCCUGAACUCCUUCCGGAUGCUGUUACCUACACAACAUUACUUAAGGGUUUAGGAAAUAACCGGGACCUUUAUUCAGUUUUGAAUAUUGUUGUGGAGAUGAAAUCUUCAUUGAUAUCACUCGACAGGACUGCAUACACUGCAAUGAUAGAUGCCUUGCUAGCUUGUGGGUUCAUUGAUGGGGCCCUUUGCAUUUUUGGUGAUAUAAUAAAGCAUGCUGGCAAGAACAAAGAUUUGAGACCUAAACCUCAUCUCUAUCUUUCGAUUAUGAGAGCUUUUGCUACCAGAGGUGAUGUUGAUAUGGUCAUGAGAUUGAACAAGCGCAUGUGGCCGGAUUCAGUUGGAUCAAUUAGCCGUGCAGCCAAAGAAGAGGCACAUGAGCUAUUAAUGGAAGCUGCUAUAAAUAAUAAUCAGAUAGAUUUGGCUAGAGGGCUUCUAAGACAAAUAGUGAGCGAGAAGGAAUGUUUCUCUUGGACAAGUAGAGUGGGUCUGGUCGCAGUUAAAGUUGAAAGCUUAUCUGGAUUCACCAACUCUCUUCUAACGCCUCACAUAUUUCCACAGAUUAUCUUGAAUGAUCCAGUUGAGAAGUAUAUGGUUCCAUUUCAAGAAUCUCAACCAUUACCUGCUGACUUAAUCUUGCGGAAGGCUGUGAUGCGAUUCUUGAAAGAUCGUGCAGUUCCUCUUGUCGAUGAUUGGGGAGGUUGUGUUGGCAUUGUUCAUCGUGACGAUUGUACCAAGCUGGAUGCACCUCUUCUCUCGAUGUCUAGAGGGCCACCUUUGUGCGUGCCUACUUCAACCACAGUGGAGCACGUCAUUGACCUCCUCCUCAGAGAGAAGUCCGAGAUGGUGGUCGUGGUGAAGAGUGGUAACAUGUACGAAGGCAGCUACACAUCCAGCUCUAGACCCUUGGGCGUUUUCUCCCUCGCCAUACUAUGGAGCUUCACCGGCGACUACUCGCCGGAAUCAGAUAUGCCCGACGCAGGCAUCUCCCGGGCAACAAAACCCAAACAAGACGCCUGA